GAAAGAGCGUAGGAGAGCGAGAGAUAGAGUGAGAGAGAGAGAGGGGGGUGGGGAGGAGGCAAAGAGUGAAAGUGAGAGAGAGAGAGAGAGAGAGAGAAAGAUAGAGAGAGAGAGAGAGAGAGGGGGGGGGGGGGGGGGGGGGGGGAGGGGAAGAAGAAUGGGAGGAAGAAGGAAAGAGCAUACGAGAGUGAGAGAGAGUGAAAGAGAGAGAGAGAGAGAGAGAGAGAGAGAGAGAGAGAGAGAGAGAGAGAGAGAGAGAGAGAGAGAGAGAGAAAGAAGGGGGGGGGGGUGGGGGGAGGCAAAGAGCGAAAAAAGGAAGGAUAGAGCGAAGAUGGAAGUGCUAGCAUCACCUAUGCUAGGAGCAAGUUCGACAUCGGCAAGUGAACUAGCUGAGAGAAGGAGAGAGAGAGAGAGAGAGAGAGAGAGAGAGAGAGAGAGAGAGAGAGAGAGAGAGAGAGAGAGAGAGAGAGAGAGAGAGAGAGAGAGAGAGAGAGAGAGAGAGAGAGGACAGAGGUGCACCUCACGGUAGUGACUCUUACCUGCAAUCAGUGAU